GAAGCGGUAGAAUUGUUCGAAUGCUCCAAGCGAGUCUCCUCUCUUAUUCUAGCUCUCUUGGAUUCCGCUGAGCCUUUCAUUCACUUGCUAGAAUCCGCAAUCCGCUGUUAACAGAACAGAUAUCUCGAAUUUGUCCCUCUUCGCAUGUAAUAUAUGCUGUGCUUUUCAAGAUGUGCACGCAACCUGUUUGUCAAAAGUCCCCAAAGAAAAAAUUACACGAUAGGUUCUGUGAUCGAUGAUACUUCAGCCAAAAAACAAGCAUAUUACGAAGACCCAGUUGGAUUCUUCGCAAAACAAGAGGAUGUAAUAUCUUGGACGUCUAAAAUCACCAAUUUGGUAAGAACAGGCCAGCCGGACUCGGCUUUUGGCUUCUUCAAGAUGAUGUUCGCAAAUGGGCACAGGCCAAAUUAUGUGACAAUGCUGAGCGUAUUAAGAGCGAUUGACGCAUUAAGCUGGGAAUCAACGAUUGAGGUGAUGCAUGGAGGAGUGAUCAAAAUGGGGUUUGAAUCAGAAGUGGCAGUUUCAACGGCUCUUCUUGGGUUUUAUUCAAUGCGUGAUAUUGGGAUCGUUUGGAAGUUGUUUUAUCAGAUACCUUAUAAGGAUGUCGUUUUGUGGAGUGCUGUGAUCUCGGCAUGCGUGAAACAUGGCCAGUGUAGUGAAGCAUUUCAUCUUUUCAGAGAGAUGCAAUAUCAAGGUGUUCGUCCAAACCAUGUAAGCAUUGUAAGCAUUCUACCUGCUUGUGCUGAUUUUGGUGCUCUAUCUUUGGGUAAAGAGAUUCAUGCGUUUUCAAUGAGAAGGGAUUUUUAUUCUAUAGUUAACAUUCAGAACUCACUCAUGGAUAUGUAUUCAAAAUGUAGAAAUCUUGAGGCAUCAAUUAGAGUUUUGAAAACGAUGAGGAAAAAGGACAUGGUGUCAUGGAGAACUGUAACUCAUGCGUGUAUCCAGAACAAUUGUCCUAGUAAAGCCUUUAAAAUUUUCACAAGGAUGCGGUCUUUUGGAUUCGAAUUGGGCGAAACGAUGAUGCUGGACUUUAUAGCUGCUGUGUUAUUAGUUGAUGAACUUGUACUUGGCUUGGCUGUUCAUUGUUAUGCGCUGAAAGGUGGUUUUCUCUGUUUUAUUUCAGUUGGAACUGAACUGCUCCAAAUGUAUGCUAAAUUUGGUGAAUUGGGGUUGGCCAAACUUACAUUUGAUGAGCUUGUUGACAAAGAUAUCAUUGCAUGGAGCGCAAUGAUCUCAGCAUACUCUCAUGGUGAAGAACCACUUAGUGCCAUCCAGACAUUUAAAAUGAUGCAAUCAACUAAUGAAAGGCCUAAUGCUAUAACUUUUGGAAGUCUAGUGAAUGCCUGUUCUUCAUUGGAUGCUCAGGAACUGGGAGAAAGUAUACAUGCUCAUAUAACGAAAUCUGGUUACUCGUCUAAUACACGUUUGAUGUCUGCUUUGGUUGAUUUUUACUGCAUACUUAGAAGGGUAAAGCUAGGAGAACAUGUUUUUUAUGAGAUUUUGACAAAGGAUUUAGUUUGUUGGAGUACAAUGAUUAAAGGGUACGGUAUGAAUGGCUAUGGGAAGGAGGCACUCAAUACAUUUUCGGACAUGUUAAGUUAUGGUUUGAAGCCGAAUGGGACGCUCUUCGUUUCUCUUUUAUCGGCUUGUGCUCAAUGUGGUUUGGAAAAGGCAGGUUGGAUGUGGUUUAAUUCAAUGAUUGACGAGUAUAACAUUACUCCAACAGUGGCACAUUAUGCUUGUAUGGUGGAGUUGCUUGCUAGGCAAGGAAAAAUUGUUGAAUUUGUGAAGAAAAUGGCAGUAGAACCUGAUACAAGGAUCUGGGGUGCUCUUUUUGCUGGUUGUAAAUUAACUCAUGGGUUCUCUGACAUCGCUGAUUCUAUUGUUCAACAGCUCAAUGCUUUUAGAACCAAACAAAUCUGACUUUCAUGCAAAUGUUGCACAACUUUUGUGCUGAGUAAAACCGAUGGGAAGAUGCGGAUGGGUGUUUGGGUUGCUCGACCCUGGUUCGCUUUAUUGAAAGCAAAGAUCACUGGGAAGUUCGAGGUCUCAACCCUUGUUCUUGCGCGCUAAAGGGCUUAUGAAGUGAUCGAUCGGCCAGCAAAAAGCUCGCUAAGCUUCUUUUCCCUCUCCUCUUCGCUUUUUCAAGGCAGUGGAAAGUCUUCGUGAAAAUGGGAAGGUUGCAACAAUGAAUCCUAGUCCCAUAACUGAUGGGAGCAGGCAAAUUUUGUCAG